GCACACUGGAGAGACUUUGUACGAAAUGACGUUUGCAUGGUGAUGUACCAGACCAAUAUGCCUGACUACAUGUACAUGCACAGACACCUCACCGCUUCCUCGGGAAUUUCCAUCACUCCCUCGCGGCAGACAUCCGCCAUAAGUCAGUUCCAACGGUUUGGGCGGUUACACUGUGGCAAUUGCUGGAAGGAAUAUAUUUUGAUCAGCAAGCUGCAUGAUGGCAUUCUGAUCCUUCGAUAGUCCCGCUUUUCAUCCUGAAAGGGGUCUUAAGGGGUGUCAAGCCUUUUCACCCCGCUUGGGCUCUCAGGCACACUCAAAGAGCAGGCUCACCAAUGGUGCCUGCCGUGGCGCGAGGUUGAGCUAACUAAGUAUACGACCGUGAACUUACCCUUAGUUUAUCGACGACGUGCGUCAAAGAAAGGCCAUGCAUAUACAUCCCACGUGUUACAAGGCCCAGACACGU